AGAAAAGAAAAGAAAAGAAGAACAGACGAGAGUUUUUGAGAAGUUCUGCUGCUCGACUCGUGCGUACAAGUUUCAUAGAAUUAAAGUUCACAGACUUUCAGACUAAAAUCUAGGGUUAGGGUUUCAAUCAUAUACGCCAAAGGCAUUCCGUCACACCAAAACCUCAGGGAAUGAAGCUCUACUUCAGCGGGUCCCAGAGAGCUGCUAUUGCCGGGCUUUUCGUGGUCCUCUUGCCGGUUUUCCUGCCCAAUCUGUUCGGCCCUCUGGGCCGUGCCUCGCCUUCAAUGUUCUCUGAGUGGAAUGCUCCAAAACCUAGGCACUUGGCUCUAGUACAGGGCGCUUUACAAGGCCAAACUUCGGUUCAACUACAGAGUAAACUUUGGUCUCCCUUGGCCAACCAAGGAUGGAAACCCUGUGUCAAGCCUACAAAUGUACCAUUGCUGGAAAAAUCUGGGGGGUAUAUCCAGGUGUUCCUUGACGGAGGAUUGAACCAGCAGAAGAUGGGGAUCUGUGAUGCAGUUACUGUUGCUAAAAUUUUGAAUGCAACCCUCGUGAUUCCUCACCUAGAAGUGAAUCCUGUAUGGCAAGAUUCAAGUUCAUUCACAGAAAUAUUUGAUGUCGACCACUUUAUUGAUGUCCUGCACGAUGAAGUUUCAAUAGUAAAAGAGUUGCCUAGUGAUUUUUCUUGGAGCACAAGGGAGUACUAUGCUAUGGGUAUUCGAGCCACCAGAAUUAAAACAGCGCCUGUUCAUGCUACAGCUAACUGGUAUCUGGAAAAUGUCCUGCCCAUAUUGCAGAGUUAUGGAAUUGCUGCUAUCGCCCCAUUCUCUCACCGAUUGACUUUUGACAACUUGCCUGCAAACAUUCAGCAUCUACGGUGUAAAGUCAACUUUAAAGCACUAGCAUUUGUUCCUCAUAUCAGGGCUUUGGGAGACAGCCUUGUCAAUCGCCUCCGCUCACCUCCCAAUAAAAGCCAAGCAACAAAGAUUGAGUACCUUUUGGAGGAAAGAGAUCAGAUUGGGAAACAGAAUGCUCAGAAAUUUGUUGUAUUACAUCUUCGCUUUGAUAAAGAUAUGGCUGCUCACUCAGCUUGUGAUUUUGGUGGGGGUAAAGCUGAGAAACUGGCUCUUGCAAAAUACCGGCAGGUGAUUUGGCAAGGAAGGGUCCUAAAUUCUCAGUUCACUGAUGAGGAGUUGCGAAAUCAGGGACGGUGCCCAUUGACUCCAGAAGAGAUAGGAUUGCUGCUAGCAGCUUUGGGCUUUGACAAUAAUACUCGCCUUUAUCUUGCUUCCCACAAGGUUUAUGGUGGAGAGGCGAGGAUCUCAACUUUGCGCAAAUUGUUUCCACUAAUGGAAGAUAAGAAGAGCCUUGCCUCUGUGGAGGAACGGGCCAAGGUUGAAGGCAAGGCUUCUUUAUUGGCUGCCGUUGAUUAUUAUGUGAGCAUGCAGAGCGACAUCUUCAUUUCUGCUUCUCCAGGCAAUAUGCACAAUGCUUUGGUGGGACAUCGAGCUUACUUGAACUUGAAGACUAUAAGACCAAACAUGGGACUCUUGGGGCAGCUCUUUCUUAAUAGAAGCAUGGAGUGGUCAGAGUUCCAAGGAGCAGUUCUGGAAGGGCAUAAAAACAGACAAGGGCAAAUCCGUUUAAGAAAGGAGAAGCAAUCAAUAUAUACAUAUCCUGCUCCUGAUUGCAUGUGUCGAGCUUAAUUGAGUCCAAUCUCAGAGAUUGCAACGUGACUUUUUUGUAUUUGAUGAUUGGCUAGCUCAACAAUUAUUUAGGCUUGUUAUGGACUGGCAAGAAUAUUGGUGGUAUCCUGUUUCUCGUUUUUGUAAAGAUUUGGCUUUGAACUCA